CCGAGCUGGCCUGGGCGUCCUCCCCGCCGCGGCGGCCGGCAGCGCAGCGCUCCACGGGCUGCAGGCGCGGCCCUCGGGCACCCAUUCGGCGCUCGGCCGCGGGCCUCCCGGGGUUCGAGGCCGGCGCAGCCCCAGUCAGCAGCCGCCAUGGCUCUCAAGAUGGUCAAGGGCAGCAUUGACCGCAUGUUCGACAAGAACCUGCAGGACCUGGUGCGCGGCAUCCGCAACCACAAGGAGGACGAGGCAAAAUACAUCUCUCAGUGCAUUGAUGAAAUCAAGCAAGAACUGAAGCAAGACAACAUCGCCGUCAAAGCCAACGCUGUCUGCAAACUGACGUAUUUACAAAUGCUUGGAUACGACAUCAGCUGGGCGGCCUUCAACAUCAUUGAAGUGAUGAGCGCCUCCAAGUUCACAUUCAAGCGGAUUGGGUACCUGGCUGCUUCCCAGUGUUUUCACGAGGGCACAGAUGUCAUCAUGCUGACCACUAACCAGAUCCGCAAGGACCUGAGCAGCCCUAGUCAGUACGACACUGGAGUUGCACUAACUGGCCUGGCCUGUUUUGUCACCCCAGAUCUGGCCAGAGAUUUGGCAAAUGACAUCAUGACGCUGAUGUCACAUACCAAGCCCUACAUCCGGAAGAAGGCAGUGCUGAUCAUGUACAAGGUCUUCCUUAAGUACCCUGAGUCCCUGCGCCCCGCCUUCCCACGGCUGAAGGAGAAGCUGGAGGACCCCGACCCCGGUGUCCAGUCAGCGGCCGUCAAUGUCAUCUGCGAGCUGGCCAGGCGCAACCCCAAAAACUACCUGUCCCUGGCUCCGCUCUUCUUCAAGCUCAUGACAUCGUCAACUAACAACUGGGUCCUCAUCAAAAUCAUCAAAUUGUUUGGUGCUCUGACCCCGCUAGAACCAAGGCUGGGCAAGAAGCUGAUCGAGCCCCUCACCAACUUAAUCCACAGCACAUCUGCCAUGUCCCUGCUCUACGAGUGUGUGAACACGGUGAUCGCAGUCCUUAUCUCCCUGUCCUCUGGCAUGCCCAACCACAGCGCCAGCAUCCAGCUUUGUGUCCAGAAGUUGCGGAUAUUAAUAGAAGACUCCGAUCAGAACUUGAAGUACCUGGGCCUGCUGGCCAUGUCCAAGAUCCUGAAGACGCACCCCAAGUCCGUCCAAUCCCACAAGGACCUCAUCCUGCAGUGUCUGGAUGACAAGGACGAGUCCAUCCGACUGCGAGCCCUUGACCUGCUCUAUGGCAUGGUGUCCAAGAAGAACUUGAUGGAGAUUGUGAAAAAGCUGAUGACCCACGUGGACAAGGCUGAGGGCACCACCUACCGCGACGAGCUCCUCACAAAGAUCAUCGACAUCUGUAGCCAGUCCAACUACCAGUACAUCACCAACUUUGAGUGGUAUAUCAGCAUCCUGGUGGAGCUGACGCGGCUGGAGGGUACACGGCACGGCCACCUCAUCGCGGCCCAGAUGUUGGACGUGGCCAUCCGCGUGAAGGCCAUUCGCAAGUUCGCCGUGUCGCAGAUGUCAGCUCUCCUAGACAGCGCUCACCUGGUUGCCAGCAACACCCAGCGCAAUGGCAUCUGCGAGGUGCUCUACGCUGCCGCCUGGAUCUGUGGGGAGUUCUCGGAACAUCUGCAGGAGCCCCAGCUGACACUCGAGGCCAUGCUUCGGCCCAAGGUCACCACGCUGCCCGGCCACAUCCAGGCCGUGUACGUACAGAAUGUGCUCAAGCUGUACGCUGCCGUCCUGCAGCAGCGCGAGCGCACGGGGACACUGCAGGCCGCCCAGGCUGCCACCCAGCUGCUGGUGGACAGGCUGCCCCAGUUCGUGCAGAGUGCUGACCUGGAGGUCCAGGAGCGGGCAUCCUGCAUCCUGCAGUUGGUCAAGUACAUCCAGAAGCUGCAGGCUAAGGAUGUACCCGUGGCGGAGGAAGUGAGCGCCCUCUUUGCUGGGGAGCUGAAUCCGGUGGCCCCCAAAGCCCAGAAGAAGGUCCCCGUCCCAGAGGGCCUGGACCUGGAUGCCUGGAUCAAUGAGCCGCCCUCUGACAGUGAGUCAGAGGAUGAGGCACCCAAGGCCAUCUUCCACGAGGAUGAGCAGAAACCCACGCGGCCCCGGCAGCCCGAGGUGGACGAGGAGGAGUUGGCCCGGCGUCGGGAAGCCCGCAAGCAGGAGCAGGCAAACAACCCAUUCUACAUCAAGAGCUCGCCGUCCCCACAGAAGCGCUACCAGGACGCGCCCGGAGUGGAGCACAUCCCCGUGGUCCAGAUCGAUCUCUCUGUGCCCUUGAAAGUCCCUGGGAUGCCCGCAUCAGACCAGUAUGUGAAGCUAGAGCAGGAACGGCGGCACCGGCAGCGACUGGAGAAGGACCGGAAGCGGAAAAAGCAGCGGAAGGAGAAGCGGCGUGAAGGCCACCAUCGGCGUCACAGCUCACUACACACGGAGAGCGACGAGGACAUCGCCCCCGCCCAGCAGGUGGACAUCGUCACCGAGGAGAUGCCUGAGAAUGCUCUGCCCAGUGACGAAGACGACAAAGACCCUAAUGACCCCUACAGGGCCUUGGACAUUGACCUGGACAAACCCUUAGCUGACAGUGAGAAGCUGCCUGUCCAGAAACACCGGAACGCCGAGAGCCCGCAGUCCCCUGACAAGGAGGCCGUGCCUGGGGCAGAGAAGAAGAGCAAGAAGCUGAAGAAGAAGGACACAAAGCAGCACCGGGAGAAGGAGCGGAGGAAGGGGAAGGGGAAGGGGAAGGGGAAGGCCGAGGACCUGGACUUCUGGCUGUCCACCACACCGCCACCAGCCGCUGCCCCGGGCCCCUCACCGUCUCCGGGUGAGCCUGGGACAGACUCCGCCGUUGCUGCCCCCGAUGAAGAGUAUGAGGAGCCCACGAGGGAAGGCCUCGAGCAUGAAGAGGAUGAAGAGCAGGAGCUGGAGAAGAAGUCUUCCAAGCAUAAGAAGAAGAAACACAAGAAGGAGAAGGAAGAGGAGGCCAAAGACAAGAGGAAGGCCCGGAGGAGAAAGGCCCCCAGUGAGGAGGUGGCUGAGGAGCCCGUGCACAACGGCACACUGGACGGGGAACCUCUCCCGCCCUUGUCCAGCUACUGCCUUCUCGCCGAGGACACCUAUAUUAAGAUGACGUAUGACGUGCAGAGCAGUCUGCAGAAGGACAGUCAGGUCACCGUGUCUGUCAUCCUCGAGAACCUCAGCCGCAGCUUCCUCAAGAGCAUGGAGCUCAACGUGCUGGACUCGCUUAACACCAAGAUGGCGCGACCUGAGGGUGCCUCCGUGCACGACGGGGUCCCUGUGCCCUUCCAGCUGCCCCCAGGGGUCUCCAAUGAAGCGCAGUUCGUGUUCACGGUGCAGAGCAUCGCCAUGGCCCAGAAGCUCAAAGGCACGCUGUCCUUCAUCGCCAAGAAUGACCAGGGCUCCACCCACGAGAAGCUGGACUUCAAGCUGCACUUCAGCUGUUCGUCCUACCUGAUCACCACGCCUUGCUCCAGCGAUGCCUUUGCCAAGCUGCUGGAGUCUGGGGACCUGAGCAUGAGCUCCAUCCGAGUUGGCAGCAUCACCACGUCCUUCCAGAACCUUCUAGCAAAGAUCUGUUUCCACCACCAUUUUUCUGUUGUGGAGCGGGUGGACUCUUGUGCCUCCAUGUAUAGCCGCUCCGUCCAGGGCCACCACAUCUGCCUGCUGGUCAAACAGGGUGAGAACUCCGUGUCUGUGGAUGGUAAGUGCAGUGACCCGACCCUCCUGAGCAACCUGCUGGACGAGAUGAAGGUGACGCUGGCCCAGUGCUGA